CUGUGAGGUUGCAGCCCGACUUACAUCAUGCAGGGGCGCUCAAGACGUUCUCAACGUGUCGCUGCAAAGGAGAACCACCAGCCCUCGCCAACUUCGGCUGCGUCGUCGUCGACGAAGAAGAAAGGGGGAGGGCGCUCCAAAAAGCAGUACUGCGUAUGCAAGGGCAACGACGAUGGCACACCCAUGAUCAACUGUUCUUACUGCAAAGAUUGGUUCCACUUCCGAUGCGUAAACAUCUCUGAGGAUGAUGCCGAUGACAUCAAGAUAUACGUGUGCCCACCCUGUGAAGUGAAGACUGGCCGACGAACAGUUCGAGAUUACGAAGGGCCCGAAGCGCUUGAAACAGUGAAUCAAGAGGAGACAGACAAAUUCUCGAAGCAUGUUGUAAUCAAGGAGGAUUCGGACGCGGACGCGUCCCCGGCGGAGGCUCCCAGCGCCUCAGAGGACGAUGCCAGUGAGGAUGAAUAUGUGGAAGAGAAUGGCAAGCCGAAUGGCAAAGGCAAGCGCACAACUCGUCGACUAUCGUUAUCAUCGGAGUCAGACACCGAACCAACUACCACCAAACGCCGUUCAUCUUCCGCGAAGGCCGAAUCUUCGGGACCAUCUCCUUCUCCUGGAGCAAGUGUACUCAAGCGCAAGAGCUCGAACGCGCCUCAACCGACGCCGAAGCGGAGAAAAUCUUCAUCGGCGGCGACGACCACGUCGACAGCCUCAGAUGACCCUGCGCGCGUGUUCUGUCUUAAGAAAUAUCAGGAGUUGUUCUGUAAAAUAUUUUUACAGCGUCCACAUGUUGCUCCUUCUCCUACUGUCGGGCCUGAGGAGGAGUCAACCGACCAUUUGCAAGAUUCCGCGAAUAAGUUGCAGGCCGUGAAGCCUGAAGAACUUACGUCAGAACAAAAGGCGGAUAUCGAAACGAGAGCGAACGCGUACGCUGCUGAGGUGGAGCAGUGUACAUACGAAAUCUACGCCGAGCCUGGCAAAGAUGGAAAACCGCAUGCCGGACCAAAGUAUAAAGAUCGGUUCAGGACCUUGACCUUCAACCUCAGCCAGCCCGAUCGCGUCGUAUUGCAUGAGCGGAUCGCAUCCUCGCACCUUAACCCCAAGGAGCUCUCCCAGAUGUCGUCCACCGACCUUGCGAGCGAAGAAGCCAAGCAAACUAUGAAGCAAGCUGAGAAGGAGGCUCUCGAGCACAGCAUCCUGCAAAAGACGCUCGUUCCUCGAGCGAAGAUCACCCACAAAGGCUUUGAAGAUAUCGAGGACAUCAACGGCGAGAUGGCCAAGGCCCGAGAGCGCGAACAGGAGGAUGACGAACGGCGCGAACGCGAGCGGCUUGCCCGAUUACGGACAGCCGAAUCUCGUGCUGGCCCGACGUCGGGUUCGGUGCCUCCCGAAUCUCCUGUGACCCCACAUACCCCGCAGACACCGAGUUGGGGCGCGCCUCCCCCGUUGCCCGUUCAUGUAGUUGCCAGUCCCACCGACGGCCUGGGCAGGCGACCUCCGGUGAACCCCCUCUUCGUACCCUCCGGAUCGGAUUUGAUGACGCCUAUCGGGGCCGAGCCCGAACUCAAUCUCGCCGAUCUCAUCAAUAUCGACGACGAGAUCGCGUCUCCCUCAGAGGUAUUGUCAACGUCUAUUACCCAGAGCGACACCGCUGCAGCACAAUCUCCGGCCAUCGAGCAGCAGCAGCAGCCAUCAUCCUCUUCUAUUACUGGGAUCUCUCCAUUCGCCGCCAAUGUCUCCAGGCCGGAAACACGAGAGCGAAGUGCUUCGUUCGAUCUUAACUCCUUAUGGACCGGUGCGAAGCAUGACGAACAAGGGGAGGGUGCGCAGCCCUCGGUUGCGCGCCAGGUUGCGGAUGAGCCACCCAAAGAUGGCGGUUUGGAGCCAGAGGGACUCGCGGGUGAGGCCCAGGACCAGGACUUCGACAUGUUCCUGGACGACGAAGACACUGUGAAGGAACCCGAAUCGAGUAAUGAUCAUGAGAUAUCCGGUCCACGAGAGCAGGACUUCGCAGCAUCACCUCCUGUGUGGUCUGGCAAGAUCUCCAUGCCUCUUGAUUCAACGGUACCCCAAGAAACGCCUGUCAUUGCUCGUCAGAUGGGAGGGCGGCAGCUGGGCCACAGUUCGCCUCUAUGGCAGACGUUAUUCCCCAGCGAUCAUCUGCGGAUUGAUGGUCGGGUUCCAGUGGAUAAGUCUGCAGCUUACUUGCUACAGACGAGAAUGAAUCCCACCAAAGAAGUGAUUGCGGUUGCGUUCUCCUCGGAUGGGGGAGAUAGUCUUCAAACUUUGAUAGAUUACCUCAUCGCGAAAGGGCGACAUGGUCUCAUAUUUCCGUGGGGCAAUCGGCCUAAAGACCAUCAUCCUGGUCGCGAGAUGUAUAUCGUACCGCUUCUCGCCAGCGAGCCUCUGCCGGAUUACAUGGAGCUCUUAGAAGAACUCUGUUUGCCGAAACAACGGAUAGCGAACUACCUGAUCGGGUUGUGGAUCCUUGUGAAGGGCAAGCUCGCGCCUCCCCCUACGCCGUCGGUACCCCUCGCAACUACCUCAGCCGUCCCAGCUCCCCAGCCUCAAGGAUCGCCGGCGCCACAUCCUCCUUCGUCUGCACCUUCCAGCUCCAAUGACCUUGCCACUCAGGUUGCUUCUCUGACCCCCGAACAAAUCCAAGAGAUGCUACGGGCUUUAGCCAGCAGUGGUCUUGCCAUACCAGGAAGCCAACCUCCUGGUCCUCCUAUCAUCCCUCCUGCACCCCCUCUUAUACCCCCGGCGCCCCACCUCUUGGCUCCUACACCUCCGGUCCCGGCCUUAUACCCGUCUCCAGCGUGGACAAUACCCCCACCGACGGUACCUGCCGCAGCGCCUUAUCCUCCUCCACCAGCACCGGGAUACGCGCAUCCGCCGUACCCCCCUGGCGGGUCAAGCCCUGCAGUCGAGGGCGAGACCGUGGCAGAGGACGAGGACGCGGCAGAGGAUUUGGCGAUCAUCCUCAAAGGGGACGAGCUUAUUUAUCAUAACUAA